UGUUCUUCAGCAAUGUGCAAAGAGAUCAUUUUCUUAUGAUUGGAACAUUGGUAGAAGUUUAUCUUAAAGAGUAGACUUAAUACUAAAAUUCCAACUAUGUUGCUUCUCCGUGUUACCUUUCCAGUCAUUUUGAUACUGUUGACUAGUACAUCUACUGAACAGACUUCAGAAACUCUACUUUCACACCCAGACAUCAAGAACACUACAACAUCAGAUAAUUGCAAAAAUACUCGUGACUAUGAGCCAUGUUUGAAGAACACUUGUCCAGAGUACAUGCCUUGCUAUUGUAAGGACGAGAAAGAAUACUGCCGGUGUACAAACUUUAAAGGUCCCUUGGGGGAUUACUGGAAUUUGGGAACCAAAUGUGAACAGCAAUGGAAUACCCUAGACCUGAUUCUCAUAGCUGUAAUUCCUGGAGUUUGUCUUCUCGUUAUUUUUGCUGUCUGUGUGCAAUGUGUCUGCAGCUGCAAGAAACUGAACUACAUUGAGAAAGCCAAUAAAAGAAAAGAAUUAAUUGAAAAGAAAAUCACCCGUACGUGUCCCGUGAUAAUCAGCGAUCACCAGAAUGCAGGUUUUCUGAAUGAUGAAGACAACGACGAAGACCUGAGUAGUAAACACCAAAAUACGAUUUAUCCUCUAAGAAUUCCAAAGGUGAAUACACCUUACCUGGACUGGAAAGAACAAAGCCAUGAUUACCAAAUGAUGUAUAUUCCUAAAGAGAAUAUCAGUUACCAUCAGCCUGAAACGAAUAUAGGCAGAAUGAAUUUUUCAUCUCUUAUGAGCCAUGCAAAUUCUUCACACCAUGAACGUCAACAUGCCAUUUCCCAAUACAGUCCAUUUAAUGAAUUUCCUGGGCAGGCCUAUGAGAUAACUCCAGCAGUAGCCAUUAAUAGGCCUGAGGUAAAGGGGCUUCAAGUUUUGGCCCCUGAAGGACCCAGACCAAGUUUCCAAAGGGGACAAUUAUUUGAGGAUCUACGUUAUCAGCAAUCUCACAACCCUGUCGUAUAUGGAAGGCCUCAAUAUUAAGCAGCAAAGAUACAAUGAAUGAAAUAAUCUAAUCUCUUUUAAGCAUGGAAAGUGAACAUUAGCUCUGUUAGCAAAUUAAUUGCUUAGCAAAUCAAUUCAACUAAAAAAAAUCCAUAAAUGAUCAAUUAAUAAAUAUUACAGUUGUAAAAUGAAAUGCAAUGCUGGAGAUCUUGGACCUGACCUCUCCAACAAAGUCAAUAGCGAUGAAUGUUUUCACACUGUAGGGAGUCUAAGUCUAAGAAUUAAGAUUUUUUGCAUGUUCUGCUUUUGAAAAUUUGUGCUCGAAUCAUGCUUUUAUAUUACAAGGGAGUGUGCACAAGAAUGUAACUCUUUCUUAUUUCAUGUAUAGAAGCCUCGAUUUUAAAUCCUAAAGGAUAUUUGUUGAACUGGGGUUGAAGUAGAAGGAUAAUAUCCACUCCACCACAGCAUGAGGUCCAUUGUAGUUAGGCAUGUGAUAGCAGGGUGUGGCAAGUUAGCAGGCCUUUCCAGUUGAGGGAAGCAAGCUUAGGGCAGUAAAGACCCAAGGUUUCCCGGUGGAGAUCAGAAAGACACAUGUUCUUCAUGUACGAUAGGGUAACAAAAAAAAUUUACAAUUACGUGAAUGGAAAGGAAAGCAGGCUUGGUGUAUUACAUCUAACCAAUUUUCUAUCACCAGUUUCCUGCUUUCUCGUCAAAGUUAAAAUGUACUCUUGCUAAUAUCAUUUACAGCCUUCAGGAAUGUGGGAUUAGUGGUAGUUGCAUAACUAGUAUUAUUAAUAAGCAUUUGCAUAGUUCAUGUUUUAUUUACUAAUUUUUUUUCUGUUUUGGCUAAUUCUAUUCAUCUCUGUCUGAAGCUGUCUUUUCAUGAUAUUGUUACUUUAUCAAGAAUGUUUUAACCAACAAAGUCAUAAUGUUUAAUUUUUAAAAAUUCAUUCACAAGACAAGGGCAUCACUGGCUGGGCAUUUAUUGCCUAUCCC